CUGGGUCUCAGCUCCGCCUUCCUGAGAGGCAGUUUACGUACGAAUAACAAAUAAAGACAAAUCCGGAACCAGGCCCCAAGAAACGAUAUAUUUUCUUUUUUUCCAUCUUCGUUUCCCCCUCUUGCCUAAACCUUCAAAGUUUUGUUCGUUUGCUUUUUACGCAGAACACCGCGUAUUAAACGCUUUUGAACUACAAUUCCCGACAUGCAUUAGAGCUAUCAGCGUACUCUUUUCCCACCAUUCUUUGUUUAUUUCCGGGUUUAUGAACACUGGAGACAGAACGUGAGUAGAGCAAGGCUUUGGUUGAGAGGCUUGGGGUCCUGUUUCAAUCGCCAACCCCUACGGCCUAGGUCGUGUGGAUAUCCGGACGGGGAGAAGCUAGGGGUAGCCAGUGAGGCUGCCUCUCUGGAGUGCUGUCAUCUUCGCAGGCUAGACCUUUAGGGGAGCUCGGGUACCUUCCAGAACAUUAGACCCAGCGCCCCUUUCCAGCUUCCGCAGAUUUUCGUCUCCACCAUGGCCGAGCUGAUACAGAAGAAGCUACAGGGAGAAGUGGAGAAAUAUCAACAGCUGCAGAAGGACUUGAGUAAAUCUAUGUCAGGGCGGCAGAAGCUUGAAGCACAACUAACAGAAAAUAAUAUCGUCAAGGAGGAACUGGCCCUGCUAGAUGGGUCCAACGUGGUCUUUAAACUUCUGGGCCCUGUGCUGGUCAAACAGGACCUGGGGGAGGCUCGGGCCACAGUGGGGAAGAGACUGGACUAUAUCACAGCUGAAAUUAAGAGAUACGAAUCCCAGCUCCGGGACCUUGAGCAGCAGUCAGAGCAACAGAGAGAGACCCUUGCUCAGCUGCAGCAGGAGUUCCAGCGGGCCCAGGCGGCCAAGGCAGGGGCUCCUGGAAAGGCCUGACCCCGUGGUUGGGGGGAGGGAGGGAAACCAAGGAGGUCUAGGGUCUUUAUUGUAGCUAAUAAAGUAUGAAAAUACCUGGCUGUUUUCUGACCA